GUGCCGCCUGGAGUACCGGCACAUCUGCCAGCUCAUCCCGCCGGAGAGGCUCCUCUUCCUUCACUGGCCCGAGGGCGAGGACCCUGCCGACCUGGCGCCAGCAGGCGCCGCACCGCCGCGGACAUGGGCGGAGGGCCUCCAGAGGCUCAAGGCGGAGUGCGGCGCCGCCAGCACAGCGGGCUCCAGCGGUGCUGACGCCGGCACGGCGGCCGCGGGCGCGGCCUCGCCGGCAGCGCUGCCGGCAUGGGACCGCAUCUGUCUGCUCGACAUGGACGCGGAGGAGGCCCUGGAGCCGCACGACUGCACAGCGUUCGACGCCGUGGUCUUCGGGGGGAUCCUGGGCAACAUCAUCGAGCGGGAGGACGGCACGUACGGCAGCGACGACCGGACCUCUGAGCUGCGCAAGCUCGGCUUCGCGCACCGGAGGCACCUCCGGGAGAUGCAAAUGACCACCGACACCGCGGUCUUGGUCACCCGCUGCGUCAUGGAAGAGGCGCGGUCUCUGGCGGAGAUACCCUUCAUAGACUCCCCCGAAAUCGAGGCCCCUUCCACCGGCGAGAGGGGCGUGGCGGACUCCGUGUGCAUGGAGGGCUUCCGGUACGUGGCUCGCCGGGGCGGCGGAGGCGAGUGGGAGCCGACGUUGCCGGAGGGGAUGCGGGAGUUGCUCACGCGGGACGCGGAUAAGGACAUCCUGGGCUCCCUCUGA